CUCGGGCUGCGGACCACGGUGGGCACGUGGGCUCGGCCGCAGCGCUGCGCCAGACACCGGCGCCCCGGCACAGCCCCUGCCGGUGGGGAGAGGGAUCCUCCCCCCCGUCUACUUUGCACCAGUCCGAGGGAAUUUGCGGUCGGUGACGCGCAUCCUUAAGCGAGCCACCUGCAGCGCGGGGCGCGCCGCUGAGGGCGGCAUCGCAGGGCUGCGCCGGCGCGGCCUGGGGACCCCGGGCUCGGGAGGCCAUGCCGGCGUUGGCGCGCCUCGGCGGCCGGCUGCCGCUGCUCGUUGUUUUUUCCUCAAUGAUAUUUGAGACUAUCAGAAAUCAAGAUCUGCCUGUGAUCAAGUGCGUUUUAAUCAACCAUAGAAACAAUGAUUCAUCAGUGGGGACAUCAUCAUCGAAUCCCUUGGCAUCAGAAUCCCGGGAAGACCUGGACUGUGCCUUGAGGCCCGAGAGCACAGAGGCAGUCUACGAAGCGGCCACCGUGGAGGUGGACGUGACCGCAUCCGUCACACUGCAAGUGCUGGUCACCACCCCGGGGAACAUUUCCUGUCUCUGGGUCUUUAAACACAGCUCCCUGAAUUGCCAGCCACACUUUGAUUUACAAAACAGAGGAGUUGUGUCCAUGGUCAUUUUGAAAAUGACAGAAACCCAGGCUGGAGAAUACCUACUUUUUAUUCAGAGUGAAGCCACCAAUUACACAGUAUUGUUUACAGUGAGUAUAAGAAAUACACUGCUUUACACGUUAAGGAGACCUUACUUUAGAAAAAUGGAAAAUCAGGAUGCCCUGGUCUGCAUCUCGGAGAGCAUUCCAGAACCAACCGUGGAAUGGGUGUUCUGCGAUUCACAGAGUGACAGCUGUAAAGGAGAAAGUCCAGCUGUCAUUACAAAGGAGGCAAGUGUACUCCAUGAGUUAUUUGGAACAGACAUAAGGUGCUGUGCAAGAAAUGAGCUGGGCAGGGAAUGUACGAAACUCUUCACUAUUGAUCUAAACCAAACUCCUCAGACCACACCGCCACAAUUAUUUCUUAAAGUAGGGGAACCCUUAUGGAUAAGGUGCAAAGCUGUUCAUGUGAACCAUGGAUUCGGGCUCAGCUGGGAAUUAGAGAAUAAAGCACUGGAAGAGGGCAGCUACUUUGAGAUGAGUACCUAUUCCACAAACAGAACUAUGGUACGGAUUCUGUUUGCUUUUGUAUCAUCAGUGGGAAGAAACGACACUGGCUAUUACACUUGCUCCUCUUCAGAGCAUCCCAGUAAAUCAGCUUUGGUCACCAUCCUAGAAAAGGGAUUUAUAAACGCUUCCAAAUCAAGUGAAGAUUAUGAAAUUGACCAGUAUGAAGAGUUUUGUUUUUCUGUCAGGUUUAAAGCAUACCCACAAAUCAGAUGUACGUGGACCUUCUCUCGAAAAGCAUUUCCUUGUGAGCAAAGUGGCCUGGAUGACGGGUACAGCAUAUCUAAGUUUUGCAACCAUAAACACCAGCCAGGACAAUAUAUCUUCCAUGCAGAAAAUGAUGACGCCCAGUUCACAAAAAUGUUCACGCUGAAUAUAAGAAGGAAACCUCAAGUGCUCGCCGAGGCGUCGGCAAGUCAGGCUUCUUGCUCCUCUGACGGGUACCCGUUACCGUCUUGGACCUGGAAGAAGUGUUCAGACAAGUCUCCCAACUGCACAGAGGAGAUCACAGAAGGAAUCUGGAAUAGAAAGGCCAACAGAAAAGUAUUUGGACAGUGGAUAUCAAGCAGCACCCUGAACAUGAGCGAGGCCGUCAAAGGGUUCCUGGUGAAGUGCUGUGCAUACAAUUCCCUCGGCACGUCUUGUGAAACAAUCCUUCUAAACUCACCAGGCCCCUUCCCUUUCAUCCAGGACAACAUCUCAUUCUAUGCAACAGUUGGCCUCUGUCUUCCCUUUAUUGCCAUUUUAACCAUGCUAAUUUGUCACAAGUACAAAAAGCAAUUUCGGUACGAAAGCCAGCUACAGAUGGUGCAGGUGACCGGCUCUCUGGAUAAUGAGUACUUCUACAUUGAUUUCAGAGAAUACGAAUAUGAUCUCAAAUGGGAGUUUCCAAGAGAAAAUUUAGAAUUUGGGAAGGUCCUGGGAUCGGGUGCUUUUGGGAAAGUGAUGAAUGCAACCGCCUAUGGAAUCAGUAAGACAGGGGUCUCAAUCCAGGUCGCAGUCAAAAUGCUGAAAGAAAAAGCAGACAGCUCGGAAAGAGAGGCUCUCAUGUCUGAACUCAAAAUGAUGACCCACCUGGGCAGCCACGAGAAUAUUGUGAAUCUGCUGGGGGCGUGCACCCUGUCAGGACCAAUUUACUUGAUUUUUGAAUAUUGUUGCUAUGGCGACCUUCUCAACUAUCUAAGAAGUAAAAGAGAAAAAUUUCAUAGGACGUGGACGGAGAUUUUCAAGGAACAUAAUUUCAGUUUUUAUCCCACUUUCCAAUCACCCCCUAAUUCCAGUAUGCCUGGUUCAAGAGAAGUCCAAAUACACCCGGACUCAGAUCCUGUCUCAGGGUUCAAUGGGAAUUCAUUUCAAUCCGAAGAUGAAAUUGAAUACGAAAACCAAAAAAGGCUGGAGGAAGAAGAGGACUUGAAUGUACUUACCUUUGAAGAUCUUCUUUGCUUUGCAUAUCAAGUGGCCAAAGGAAUGGAAUUUCUGGAAUUUAAGUCGUGUGUUCACAGAGACCUGGCAGCCAGGAAUGUCCUUGUGACCCACGGGAAGGUGGUGAAGAUCGGUGAUUUUGGACUGGCUCGGGACAUCAUGAGCGAUUCCAACUACGUGAUCAGAGGCAAUGCCCGUCUGCCUGUGAAGUGGAUGGCUCCUGAAAGCUUGUUUGAGGGAAUCUACACAAUUAAGAGCGAUGUCUGGUCAUACGGAAUAUUACUCUGGGAAAUAUUCUCGCUUGGUGUCAAUCCUUACCCCGGGAUUCCAGCUGAUGCUAACUUCUACAAACUCAUCCAGAGUGGAUUUAAAAUGGAUCAGCCAUUCUAUGCCACGGAAGAAAUAUACUUUAUAAUGCAAUCCUGCUGGGCUUUUGACUCAAGGAAACGGCCAUCCUUUCCUAACCUGACUUCAUUUUUAGGAUGUCAGCUGGCAGAUGCGGAAGAAGCGUACCGCCUGAUGGAGUUAGAGGAACCAUCCCCUAGACCAAAUGAACAAAGGAACCUGGAACCCCCAAUACCUCGGUUCAAAUCUUGGCUCCGUUGUUUGCUUCUGAUAUGAGUUAAUUAAGUCACUUAAUCUUUGGGGGAGGGAUGGUCUCAGUUUCCUUACCUGAAAUAUGGAAUUAACAAAUCUUUGUGGAUUUGUAAGGAGUAAAUAAGGUGAUGUAUGUGAAAAGACUUAGCACCUGGGGAACACUUAGCAGGUGAUAAAUGUUAGUUAAAUAUGAAUCUGAGUCUUUAAAUGGAUCGUCCGUCCUCUUUUUCUACAUUAUGAGGAGUCCAUUUUCAAUUCUGUAGUCUUUCCAGAGACCUGUGAGGGUGGUACGUGUCUUCUCCUCCUGUUAUGAUUUUGUUUUUAAUCACAUAUGGAAAUUCAGUAUUGUCGGGGAAUUAGGACAAAAAGGAGAGAUGGAAAGCCCCCAGGGGACUCAGGCUACAGAGCGGAUGACUUGUAAACAGUUAAGGACACUGUAAAAUAAACCGAAAGCAGAGUUUUAGAGAAAAACAAGUAAUGAGUAAUUUUUACUUGCUGGGCAGUUGGGUGUGGCUC